AUUACGGUAAUUUGAAAAGUCGUAAAUCAGUCGCUGUCGCCCUCACUGCUUCUAGCUAGCGGAAGCAAACGUUACAUUUCUUACUUCAUGCGUGAUGUCGCUGAACACACAUAUGAGUAUCAGCACUGCUGCUGUAUAGUUUUGUGUUGUUUUGUCGAAACAUCCUUUCAAAGCUGAUAAACCGUUUCUGGACAUUUCGUUUCAAUAUGGACACUCGACUGUUAGCUGUCGAGCUAAUGUAACGGUCGUAGCGGAACGUUUAACGCCGGCUUCAUUCCGCGUUCGCUGGGACGUCACCGACCUGUGGACAAACUAACGUGCACGCGGACAGACAACAUGGCAGACUCCUCGCCGCUGUCAGGGGUGAAUGUUGUUCUGGUUAUGGCCUAUGGAAGCUUGGUGUUCGUGCUGCUGUUCAUCUUCGUCAAGAGGCAAAUCAUGCGUUUCGCAAUGAGGUCCCGCCGAGGACCCCAUGCCCCCAUCGGCCACAACGCACCAAAGGGUUUGAGGGAGGAGAUUGACUCCAGACUGUCCAAGGUCCACGAGAUCCGCUUCGAACCUCGUCUCCUAUCAGAGGACGAUGACAGGCUGAAGCAAGAAUCACAAAUCAGUUGCUACAACUACCUGUACAGAAUGAAAGCUCUGGAUGCCAUCCGUGACUCGGGAAUCCCUCUGCAGGAGAUAAGCCGAUGUCCCAGUGCGUUUACUGGACGCAGCUUCAGGAACUGGCUGCUGGAGUUGCGCAACUCCCACUCUCUGAUCAAGAGCAGCCGCAGCCCGCUCAUCGACCGUUUACUCGAGGGCUACGACAGUGCUCGCCAUGGGACUGGGGUGUUUGGGGAAACAGAGUUUCUUGAAUACCAGCAAGCUCUCAACGAACUGGCUGAUGUGGUGAAAGCCUAUUCCAGCACCACCAGCCUGGACCAGCACCACCAGUCCGCGGCAAAGGACCUGACGGGCUCCCCUGUCCGGAGCACUCCCUCCACCAUCCAGGUCACCUACCUGCCCUCCACUGGCCAGCGCAGCAAGAGGCCCAAACACUUUCUGGAGCUUAAAAGUUUCAAAGACAACUACAACACCUUGGAGAGCACCCUGUGAGAAGCCGCCGCCACGGGCCGACUGUCGCAAAAUGUUUGCGUGGACAAACGGAAAACCUAAAGUUGUGACGUACCGUAACUUAGUUUUCAAGUUGAGCUUUAAAAUUCACCAUCUAAUGAGUUGGGAAAACUUCUCCUUGCAGUAAAUUACACUUUUUCAUGUAAUUUCAAAGAAUCAUUAUGGAGAAAGAAAUGUCUCAUUAUAUAACGAUUGUUAGAAUCUGUCCAUCACAAGGUUUCUUUUCCUUCUCAUUCUGCCCAAGGCCUCCAUUUGUAUUUUGGAUGUAAUGCACAUGUUCAGAGGACAAAUAUGAUUGUAGCCAACAUGGCAAGGUUUGCGUUGUCAUUUUUGUAAAAACGGCAAAGUUAAUGACAAGUCACCUGGAUUUGUUUUUCCAAGUCCAAAUGUAAAUAUGAGUGUUUUGAUUUAAUGUAUAUGUACAGAUGUAAGAUUUUUCUACAGACCUUCAUACCUUAUUUAAUUGAUAUUGUGUGAUUUGUAUUCAUGUGAUGUUGAACUCUUGUGGUUUGAGAUAAAAAAAAAAAGCUUUGCAACCCA